CGGCUGCCGGCCGUAUAAAGGAUAGAUUAAUAGCCGGGGCUCAGUGUCCCUGCGCGCACUAGGUGAGCGACUGGUGCUCAAGGAGGAAGGUCGACCGGGUGUGGACUGUGGAGAGAGAGAUGGGGUCGCUGGGGAAGGAGGCGGCGUCGGCGGGGGAGCGGGUGGUGCUGGCGGUGAACGGCGCGCGGCACGAGGCCGCCGGCGUCGACCCGUCGAUGACGCUGCUGGAGUUCCUCCGCACUCGCACGCCCGUCCGGGGGCCCAAGCUCGGCUGCGGCGAAGGUGGAUGCGGCGCAUGCGUGGUCCUCAUUUCCAAGUACAACCCGGCCACCGACGAGGUGACCGAGCACUCGGCGAGCUCCUGCCUGACGCUCGUCGGCAGCCUCCACACCAGCUCGGUCACCCCCCGC